AUGGCGCCCUCACAUUCGUUCAAACUAUACCUGUCACUCGCUUUAUCUUACCUCAGUCCCCUCGUUUCGGCUGCGCCAUGGAUAGUCACGGAAAUAUAUCAGCAGGAUAUUGUUACUGAGUCGUACGGUUAUGGUUACCCAGAUGAGGUGACCACCCAGAUUGAAAAGAUCACCCCAACCGCAACUCUUCCCGCAGAAGCUCUAUCAACGAUCACAUCAACCGAGACACUCGGCAGCUAUACGGUGAUCGAGAAGCUCUACCCAACCGGAUAUGGUUCCGCCGCACCUUAUGACUACGCCUACGGCUACCACGCCGACAGCGAUGGCAACAUCCACAGCACAAUCUUCAAAGUGAACCUAGUGUAUACGGCGCCAACAGGCUGCUCAACCAAAUGGACCUCCACAGUCGAGGCGGAAGUCACACCUCCAUUCGAAAUCCGCAACGAUUUCCCGUAUGAGACAGGUACCGCCUCUACCUCAGUCGACGACGCCCAACCUUUCCAACCAACAACAUACUUCUUCGACGUUAUCCACGUCGACCCAACCCAGAUUCCGAGCUAUACACUCUCUUCGCUGAGCUACUAUAACGCCCCGACCUCUGUCGCCGGCGGCGCAUCAUGCCAGUAUACAUCCACCUCCGACUCCACCUCCAGCACCAGUUCCGGUACCAGCUCCGGCUAUUACACCGGCGGCUAUUACGGCAAUGGCUAUUAUGGUUACUACGACGAUGAUAACUGGUUCACAAGCAAGUGGGGUCUAGGGGUCGGAAUUUCCGGCCUGGCAAUUACACUCAUCUGCGUCCUGGGCUGGAUAGGCCUGUUCCUGAUCCUCGGUUUCAUCGAAGCCUGGGUCCGAUUUCGCCGUCUCAUGACGGGUUGGCAAACCCGUCGCGGACUUCCGCUUUUCUGGUGUUUCCUUAUCUUCCCCAUCACGCUGUUCUUCCUCUUCUGUUUCCGGAAGGGAUUCCGCGCGCGUAGUCGCGAGGAUGCCGAGGUUCUGAAGAAGAGGUGGGAUGCUAUGCCUUUUGGAACUAAGUUGAAGCUUUACUUCCUUUGGGGCUUCCGCUUUAAGUACCCGCCUGUUCUUGGUCCUGCGCCUGCUAGGGUGCAGGGUAGUAAGAAGCCUAAGGAGUCUGGUCCUCGGCUUUUGGAUGCUACUCCGCCUGGUUCUUCUGCUGGGUCUGGGGCUGAGAGGGGUCUUGCUGGUGUUCCUGAGGUUGGGGAGGUUCAGGGUCAGCAGGGUCAUGUUGUUCCUCGGUCGCAUGAUGCUGUUCCUGAUGUCGAGGCUUCGGGUGCUGUUUCUAGGCAGAGGGAUGAGGAGAUUGGUCACGCUCGUUGA